AUGUCUUCUCUCAACCUCCGCCUUGACGACGACGGACUUUGUGACGAAGGAGACUUUUCAUACCGAAAAGCCUUCAAUAUUCUUCGCAAAUAUCUUGAACCAGACAGUGAGGUUUCUAUCGACAAGACUGCCAUUCAGAUUACCGACAUGCUUCCAAGUUCGGGAGGAAAAGAGUAUGGCAAGGGCGACAGUUCCUUUGCGUACUUAGUCAUUGAAAUAGCUGAGCAGAUUCCUUAUCACCACCUAUCUCAGGUCAAGCUGGUGUGGCUUGUUCAGCGCUUGGUGUUGUCUGCAAAAUUGAAUGCCAUAGUAUCACGCGAGGGUUAUUCCCUCAAUGGCUCUCUUUCUACUUUGCAUGGAGCAUUGUACGAAUAUCAGCACAUGGUUUUGGACGAUGACACAGAUUUUCAAGACCAGGUGUCCAAAUGCAUCAACAUGCAGGCUUUCAUAGCCCGACUCGUGGAAUGUCACUUCAUAGAUAAUCCACUAUGGGGAAUAUGGACACUACGACAGGCUCUCGAAAGUGAAUGGAUUGGUGAUGAGGCUGACAGCUGCUUUUUCAGUGGAGCCGCGAUGUGGAUAUUACUCGCUGGACAGACUUUAUUCGUGCAAACGGUUCAAGCUCCAAAAGAGAUUGAACCAGAUUUUAAAAAUUCGUAUAAUGGUGGCCCGCUCUACACGGGCCCUGCACUCGGAUUAGAGCGGUGGAGAUUCUGGCAGAAGGCAUUUGAUGCUGUUUCAGACAGGGAAGGGAUAACGGAUGAAUGUAAGAAGCUGGCGGGUAAAGCAGCGGAACUCAUGGCAACUCUUGAAAGAACCAUGUCUUGGUAG